AUGUCGAAGCGCAUGCAGAACCUCAUCAUGGAGAUCCUCCAGGCCCAGCCCUCUCUCCGCGACUCCAAGAGCUACCUCAACAGCUUCGCACCACGCAAGCAGCCCCGCCCGGAUACAAAGCAGCAGCAGCAACAGCCCUUCUUCCAGCACAACCCGCACGCCUCCAACCACGACCCACAGCACAGCCGUCAGCGGCCGGCUCAGCCCUCUGCACCGCACCCGCAGCCGCACCCGCCCUCAUCGGCUGCACCACCUCCGCACUUUGAGUUCCCCAUCCCUCCGCACGUCGCACACCCGGGCUCCCUCCACAACCCCUCGACCACCAUCGCCAACCCGGACCGCUCCAUAGCCGACGCCGACGCCGACCCCGACCCCGUCUCGAACCACCCGUCCGGCGCCGGCCCUCGGUCCCUCUCCGCGCAGCUGCCCCGCUCCAUACGCGAAAAGCUCCACGAGCAGCAUCGCCUCCAGCGCGGCCUCGCAGCCGCCGCCGAUGCCGUCACCAGCGCUAGCACCAGCCCCGGCGCCGCCGCCGACCGCUACUCUCCCGCCCCCUCGACGUCGACCGCAGACGCCAUCACGCCGCGCGAGAACGCCACCGUCGCCAUCCCGCCUACCACGUCGACCUCGGACUCGCUCGCCGACUCGCACACCGCCCUCGUCAAGGUGCAGGGCCCCUUUACCGAUCGCCAGCUCGACUCGAUCGCAGAGGGCCUCGUCUACCUCAAGAAGCUCGGCCUGGUGUCGGUCUGCGUCGUCGACCACGACGACUGGCCCGAGUUUGCCGCCGAGGUCGACGCCCGCGGGCAGUACGUCGCACAGAGCGAGGAGCUCGAGCAGCAGCGCAUGCAGCGCUGGCUCGUCGGGCCGUCGCAGUCGGUCAUCCCCGUCCUGGCGCCGUUUGCCAUCUACGAAAACGACGCCGAGGGCACGCUCGACACGCUGUGCAUCAAGGCCGACGACAUGAUGGUCGCCCUCGCCCGCGACAUGGUCGUCGCCGCCCGCCGCGCCGACGCCGAGCGCGACCAGGCCUACUACGCCCAGGGCGACGGCGCGGGGUCCGGCGAGGCUGCAGCGGCCUCUUCUGCGUCGCCGUCGUCGCCGUCGCCGCCAUCGCCGCCAUCGCCGCCGUCGUCGUCUUCGACGACGACUCAGCCGCCGCCCCCACCACCACCGCUGUACGGCCUCGGGGGCGAGGUGGACCUGAUGCCCCUGCGGCUGAUGGUCAUCAACCGCGAGGGCGGCAUCCCGUCGCACGCGCGCGGCGGCGACCCGCACCUGUCCAUCAACCUGGCCAGCGAGUACCACCAGAUCCGCAGCUCGUUUAUCUGGUCGCACAGCCACCCGACGGCGCUGCGCAACCUCGACGCCAUCUCCGACUGCCUGAGCUACAUGCCCAAGACGUCGUCGGGCGUGCUCGUGACGCACCGCUCGCCGCGCAGCCUGAUCGCCAACCUCAUCACCAACAAGGCGGCCCACAGCCCCUCGCUGCCGCACCGCCUGCUGGCCAACAAAAAGGACGUCCGCCACACGCCCACCAUCAUCCGGCCCGGCCUGCCGAUCCGCGUCAUCGAGUCGCUCGACGGCGUCGACCGCCACCGCCUGGCGGCGCUCCUCGAGGCCUCGUUCCGUCGCCGCCUCGACGGCGACGCCUACUUUGCCCGCCUCGCCCAGCGGCUCGACUUUGUCAUCGUCACGGGCGACUACCAGGGCGCCGCCAUCGUCACGCGCGAGUUUGCGCCCGACGACGACCCGGCCACCGCCGAGCCCAUCGCCUACCUCGACAAGUUUGCCGUGCUGCCCGAGAUGCAGGGCAGCGGCACCGUCGACUUUCUCUGGGGCGCCCUCCGCGACGAGGUCCAGGGCCUCGGCCUGCUCGACGCCCUCAACGACAACGGCGGCAAGGGCGGCUACGGACGCGGCCGCGACCUCGUCUGGAAGAGCCGCAGCAACAACCCGGUCAACAAGUGGUACUACGAGCGCAGCAACGGCUUCGUCCGCAUCGACACCGACCCCGCCGCCCGCGCCGCCACGGCCGAAAAGGCCGACCGCGGCGAGGUGGCCACGCCCGCCUGGCAGCUGUUUUGGCUCGAGCGCUGGGCCAAGUGCAUGGCCACCAUCCCGACGGCCUGGGCCGACUAG